CUGACACCAGGUGCAUAUCGCAGCGAUGGCAGCGGGGCGGGAAUGCCUCCAACUCCUGCACUGUGCUGGCGCUGCUGGGAGCCCCUUGCUCCUUCAUGGGCUCGCUGGCCACUGGGCAUGCUGCUGAGUAAGUGGGGAGCGGGAUGGGGGUUCCGGCCCGCCGGCGGGGCCCUACUCUGACACUUCCACCGGCCCUUCUGCAUCUCUCCUGCUGGCAGCUUCGUCCUGGCCGACCUGCGGCACUACGGGGUGGACGUGGGCCAUGUGGUGCCGCAGCCCACCAGCUGCCUGCCCACCUCCAUUGUCAUCGCCAGCGCCAGCCAGGGCACCCGCACCAUCCUGCACGCCUGCGGGUGCGUGGCGCCCCUCACCCCGCUCUCUGUCCCCCAAGUUUCAUUGUGGCGGAUUUCCGGCGCCGGGGUGUGGAUGUGACACAUGUGGCCUGGCAGCCCCGUGGGGACGUGCCCUGCGCCUGCUGCGUUGUCAGUGCUGCCAGCGGCACCCGGACCAUUGUGCUCUACGACACGAACCUACCGGAUGUGACAGCCCGUGACUUUGAGCAGGUUGACCUCUCCCAGUACAAGUGGAUUCACUGGGAGGCCCGUAACGCGGCGGAGCAGGCGGUGAUGAUGCAGCGGGUGGAGCAGCAUAACCGGGCCCGGCCGCCAGAGGACCGGAUCCGCACCUCGGUGGAGCUGGAGAAGCCGCGGGAGGAGCUUUUGCUGCUGAUGGGGCUGGGCGACGUGGUGUUCAUCAGCAAGGACUUGGCCCAGCACUUUGGGUACCGGUCGGCCCCCGAGGCGCUGCAGGGGUUGCGCAGCCGCGUCCAGCCAGGUGCCACACUGAUCUGUGCCUGGGCCGAGAAGGGGGCUGACGCCAUAGGGCCAGGUGGGGAGCUGGUGCACUCGGAUGCCUUCCCCCCAGAGACCCUAGUGGACACUUUGGGGGCCGGGGACACCUUCAAUGCUGCUGUCAUCUUUGCACUCUCAGCAGGGAAGACCCUUCAGGAUGCCAUUACCUUCGGCUGCCGCAUUGCAGGCAGGAAAUGUGGGAUCCAGGGCUUCGAUGGCAUCGUUUAAGCUAAGCACCCAUUCCCAUGUCCUGCCCCACGCCACUGCCCUCACAUCCAGCACCCCCAACCCCACUGCCAAUAAACCCCUGCACUGACCUAUGGCCUUUUCCCACAUUGAUCCAGGUGA